AUGAAAGAUUUACAUCGAUGUAAUAUUUCUCAAACAUGUAGAACUUUACACAAUUUCACUUCAACUUUGUAUUCAGCAUUUGACUUUCCACUUUCUCCAAAUAAAAUAACUUCUUUAGCUCAAAAAAGACAAUCUAUAGUAACUGCGGAUAAUUUUCAAAGCGUUCCUACAAUUUUGGUUCGUUCUGGAGUUUACAAUAUUGCAAUUGGGUUUAGUAAUGGUGAUGAUUAUUCCGCCAUAUUUUUUAAUAAAAAAUGUAUUGUCAGAGUUGUCAAGGUUAAACAUCCUAAAUCAUCAUCCUCAAAAAACAGAAUAUUACAAAUCGAAUCUCCUAAAGGCAAAGAUUACUUUGCUCAUACAUCAACUUUAAAUGAUAUAUUGGAAAAGUAUGGAUUGAUCGCAAUUCGUAGAAAUUAUGGUGUUGUUAGUAUGAUUCGAAGGUUUCGUCAAAGAGAUCAAGCCAGCACAAAGGAACCACAAAAGAUUUCAAGUUCUGGAAAUCAAAGAUGGUUUAUCAAGGUAUUGACGCAAUUUCAUUAUAGGUAUUUGAUUUGCCAACAAAAACUUUAUGUCUAUGGCACUUCACUAAAAAAUAGACAUCAGGAAAUUAUAAAUUUUUUAGAUAUUGAAUUUAAAAAUUCUCUAAAAAAAACUUAUCAAUCUUAUUGGUCUAUUAUUAAUAAAAAAAAAUCCCCUCAAUGUUUAGCGACUAAAUUAUCUAAUAGUCUUGGAUCAUCCUCAAAUUGCAGUAUUAAUAAUGAUGAUGGCUAUGAUGGAAAUUUUGAAAAGUUUAUAACAAUGACAGAGAUGGAACAACAAUUAGCACAAUUAAAUGAGCGACACUUGUUUCUUGGUACUCUUAUGGAAAGGUUUAAAUCAGUCAUUUUAGAAAAUCAAAGUUUAGACUCAUGUUUUAUGGUGUUUAGAAAUUAUAAUCUACAGACUUUAUAUGAAAGUUUACGUACAAACUUGACAAAAGUUUUACAUAAAUAUGAUAAAGUUGUUGUAGUGAUAGAUGAAUUAUCAACAAAAUUUCAAAAUCUUCUUAAACAAUUAUAUGAACAAGAUAUGCGUAAUAAAUAUGCUAAGUCAUCUAAUUAA